AUGUUGCUUUCAUCAAACAAAAGAAGUUGUUGUCUAUUUGUGCCAAUAAAAACAGGUGUUUAUCUUAUUACUACCAUUGGACUGUUGAACAAACUAUCCGGAUUUUAUGGACUUAUUUCAUUAGAAUACAGCGAUCCAUUUGCUGUCUUGGCACAUGCUUAUUCACUAAUAGCUCUAUUCAUCUUUUCUAUUGGUCUCUAUGGCAUUAACAACAAUCAUCAUACUCUCAUACGAUCCUAUGCUAUCUUUUAUUGGGUUGACUUUGUCAUUAGUUCAUUGAUGACAGUCUAUUUUGCCUUUCAAUGGUUCAUCUUUACGGAUCAUAGCUUACCCGAGAUAGCCGAUGAUGCUGAUAAAACAAGACAACAUGAUGAUAUAUUCAAGACUGAAAGUAUUGUCAGUAUCACUAUUCUAUGCGUCAUACGCAUGGUUCAAAUCUAUUUUGCUUGCAUCAUCACUGAAUAUUACUUAUCAUUAAAUAAGAUAAAGUAUUCAAAAAUUACAGCAGUAGUAGACGAAGAGAUGAGCAUGACUGAAACAAAGCAAGAAGCAGCAUAA